AUGAUUGAGGUUUAUAGCUUAAAAGCUAGUUCUUGGUCAACUAUACAAGGUUUUAAUAGUGGUUAUAUAAAUGGAAAGUUGGUUGUGUUUGCAAACGGGGCUCUUCAUUGGGAAGAAUGUUAUCGUCAUCGUUUGAGUGCUUCUUGGGAGAUUGUUACUUUGGAUUUGGCUGCAGAGAGAUUCGAAAAAAUAGCAUUGCCUAUUUAUGAAGAUGGAUGUAUUUAUUGGACAUUAGGUGUUUCAAGAGGGUAUUUAGUUGCUUGUUGUAACUAUGAUGAACCAAAUAGGGCAGACUUGUGGGUGAUGAAGGAGUACAGUAUCGAGAAAUCCUGGACUAAAUUGGUUACCAUCUCAUCACCCGUUGAUUGUAGGGGUUAUAUCUCACCGUUGUUUGCGGAAGAGAAUGGUGUUGAAGUUCUGCUGAAGCUUGGCGGAGAGAUAUCACUAUACAAUUCAAGAAAUGGAUCAUUCAAGCGACUUCACAGUUAUCUGUCGGGUGAUUUUCUUGAAUUUCAAGUGGCCACAUACUUUGAAAGCUUUGCUUCAUCUCAUUUUGAAUGA